AUGCUGUCGUGGAGAAGAAAGUCCCUCUGGCUGGCGCUGUCAGCCUCCUGGCUCCUCCUCGUCCUCCUGCGGAUCCCCCCACUUCUCCAUCUGGCAGUGCCCCACAGACCUCUGCCAGGGGCUCCUCGAGGUUGGCCCCGAUGGCUGGAUAGAGAGCUCCUGCAGAGUUUCUCCCAGCCUGGAGAGUUCCCAGAAGAUGCCCCUCUACCUUCUCAGGCCCCUCGUGGCUGUGGCACUCGCUGCAACUGGGCAACUUGCUUUGACACUUCCCAGUGCAGGGUUGGUGAUCUCAAGGUGUUUGUGUACCCAGCGGCUGGACCAGUCUCUGAGACUCAUCGCAAGAUCCUGGCUUCCAUUGAGGGCUCCCGCUACCACACAUCCAGCCCCAGUGAGGCCUGCCUCCUCCUCUUCCUCAGCCUGGACACUCUGGCUGAAAAGCCUAGUCUGGUGCCUCCUCAAUGGAACGGGGGCAAGAACCAUCUGGUCCUCAGUCUCCACCUAGACUCCUUGCCCAAGACCUUCCAGCUAGGACAGGCCAUGGUGGCUGAGACCAGCCCCACAGUGGACACAUUUCGGCCUGGGUAUGACGUGGCACUCCCACUUGUCCUCGAAGGUCACCCAUUUCGAGGUGGGGUUCCUGGCCAGCUGCAGCAGCACAGCCCCCACCCAAGGGAGACCCUGCUUGCCCUGGCAGAGGAGAGAGAUGGGUGGCGCACAGUGGGCACCAACUUCUCUGCCUGCCUCUGGGAUGGGCGUUGUGAGAAGAAUCCUGGAGCUGACCAGAGCCACCCCAGGGCAACGCUGCCCAACGCCACCUUCUGCCUCAUCCCAGGCUGCCGCUCCGACGCCUUACGUUUUCUCCAAGCCCUACAGGCUGGCUGCAUCCCCGUGCUUCUCAGCCCUCGCUGGGAAUUGCCUUUCUCCGAGGUCAUCGACUGGACCAAGGCUGCCAUUAUAGCUGACAAGAGGCUCCUAUCACAGGUCCUGGACGCCCUCCGAGAGAUGCCCCCUUCCCAGGUGCUUGCCCUGCGUCAGCAGACCCAGUUCCUGUGGGAUGCCUAUUUCUCCUCACUGGAGAAGAUUGUGCACACCACUCUAGAGAUUAUUCAGGACAGAAUCCUUGGAGCCUCUGGCCACUCCUCCCUGAUGUGGAACAGCGUCCCAGGAGCACUACUGGCCCUGACUACUUUUUCCACGAACCCCGAGAACUUCCCUUUCUACCACCUUCAUCAGGGUUCCCAUCCUGUGGGCAGGUUCAGUGCCCUGAUCCGAGUGGAGGCCUCAGGCCUCUUCCCCCUGAAACUCAUCCAGGCGGUGGCAGGCUCGAAGCACUGUGCCCAGAUCUUGGUUCUCUGGAGCAGUGAGAGGCCACCCCCACCCAGGGGGCAGUGGCCCGAGACAGCCAUCCCCUUGACAGUCAUUGAGGGACACAGGAAGGCCAGCGAUCGCUUCCUCCCACAGAGCACCAUCAGUACUGAUGCCAUCAUCAGCCUCGAUGCCCACAACAGUCUCUCCACAAGUGAGGUGGACUUUGCCUUUUUGGUGUGGCUGAGCUUCCCGGAGCGGAUGGUGGGCUUUCUGACUUGGAGCCACUUCUGGGACGAGGCCCAGGGUGGCUGGGGCUACACUGCCGAGAAGGCCAAUGAAUUCUCCAUGGUUCUCACCUCCGCUGCCUUCUACCAUAGGUAUUACCACACUCUGUUCACUCACUUCCUGCCCAAAGCUCUAAGGACCUUGGCAGAUGAGGCACCCACCUGUGUGGACGUCCUGAUGAACUUCCUGGUAGCGGCAGUAACCAAGCUGCCUCCUAUCAAGGUGCUGCCUGGGAAGCAGCAUCAGGAAGCUAGACCUUCACUGACAUCUGGAGGCCCGGAGCCAGAGCUGCAACGUCCUGAUCGGAACUGCAUCAAUCUGAUGGCUGCAGGGUUCGGCCACAUGCCCCUGGUGUCCUCUCACCUCCGUCUGGACCCAGUGCUUUUCAAGGAUCCAGUAUCUGUGUUGCGCAAGAAGUACCGCAGCCUGGAGAAGCCCUAG